ACAGUUGCUCAUAUUUUAUUGCUCUAUUGAUUUCACUUACACUUAGGACACCUCAUCAUAUGUUGACAUUAGCGGCAGAAACCAAUCGGCAGAUUCCCACCAUACGGCAAAGUGACAAGCAGAGAGACAGGCGCAAAUUCUAACAUAUUGAAAGCUCUCUAUCACGUGGUCACGAUGAUACAUCCUGCUGUCGCAGUCCUCUUGUUGGCCCUGGUCCAGCUGACCACACAGCAACCUCCUGGUGUCCCACCAAAACAACACAACCAGCCCCCACAGCAGCACAACCAGCCCCCACAGCAUCACCAACAGCAGCAGCAGCACCACCAGCAACAGCAGCAGCACCAACAACAACCCCAGGCCCAUGAAGAACACGGCCACCAUGGGAAACCUUUACAGUUUGCAUCAGAGGUCCACAAUGCUGACCACAUCCUGGAGCACCUAGAGAAGGUUGUGGCCACCAAGUCCAAGGACCAGAUGACAGAAGAGGAGCUGGAGUUCCACUACUUCAAGCUGCACGACUACGACAACAACAACAAACUGGAUGGGGUGGAGAUUGGCAAGGCUUUGACACAUUUUCACGAUGAGCAGAACAACAGCACUAGUGAGGAGGAUGCUUCCAUGCCAGAUGAUGCUUUGUCCACCUCUAUAGACUCAAUUCUUAAGACCUUUGAUGCUAACCUUGAUGGAUAUAUUGAGUACUUUGAGUUUAAGAAAGUGAACCGGCUUCAGAAAAAUAAGGAAAGUUAAAGACUUAUUUGUGGUGCUCAGCAGUCACUUUUGUUUGGCUUCAGUUGCGUGGACAUUUGCUUUUAUUUGAGUUUGGCUUGAUUUAUAGGGGCUUUUUCAAAUUUUUAUUUGCCUGCUUUUGACCACUGGUCAGUUUUCUGUGUGAGUUAACUUGAAUUACUUGACCACUGGUCAGUUUUCUGUAAGAGUUAAGUCAAACUACUUGACCACUGAUCAGUUUCUAUAAGAGUUAAGUCAAACUACUUGACCACUGGUCAGUUUCUGUAAGAGUUAAGUCAAACUACUUGACCACUGAUCAGUUUCUAUAAGAGUUAAGUCAAACUACUUGACCACUGGUCAGUUUCUGUAAGAGUUAAGUCAAACUAUUUGACCACUGGUCAGUUUCUAUUAGUUUGUCCUGUUCCAGACAGAUGUCCUGUAUAGCCUCAGGUUGUCAGAUGCUAGUCCUGUGUGUGUAGAUGCCAUAGAAUCCUUUCAGUCAUGUCCACAGCCAGGCAGAUGUCCUGUAUAGCCUCAGGUUGUCAGAUGCUAGUCCUGUGUGUGUAGAUGCCAUAGAAUCCUUUCAGUCAUGUCCACAGCCAGGCAGAUGUCCUGUAUAGCCUCAGGUUGUCAGAUGCUAGUCCUGUGUGUGUAGAUGCCAUAGAAUCCUUUAGGUCAUGUCCACAGCCAGACAGAUGUCCUGUAUAGCCUCAGGUUGUCAGAUGCUAGUCCUGUGUGUGUAGAUGCCAUAGAAUCCUUUCAGUCAUGUCCACAGCCAGGCAGAUGUCCUGUAUAGCCUCAGGUUGUCAGAUGCUAGUCCUGUGUGUGUAGAUGCCAUAGAAUCCUUUCAGUCAUGUCCACAGCCAGACAAUUCAUGAGAGAAAUAGAAGGAUGAAAGAAAGACUUUUUUUAGAUGAUUGAAUAUGGUAGUGAUACAUGAAGACAUGAUAGAUCAUUGCUGUGAGUUGAGUUUGCUGUAGAAAUGAUGCGUGCAUGUUUGAAAUGACCACAUGAGGCCACAACCUUCUUGACUCAGGACCUCUGGUUGUGUUGACAUCUUGACAUCUUUCUUCUAGAGCUGACCAGUCAGGCCUAUCACCAGUCAACAAAAAACCCUGACAUUUGUGUGUCUGUCAGUGUAAUUUUGUUUUUGAAUGUCCCCCAGUUCUUCCUUGUUUGCACCUUUUGUUCCAGCGUGGUGGAGGGUUGUUUGUGUAUUGACCCCUGGGGUCACCCAGCACUUGCUGGUCCAACCUUAUUGUGGCACAUUUUGUUCCAGCGUGGUGGAGGGUUGUUUGUGUAUUGACCCCUGGGGUCACCCAGCACUUGCUGGUCCAACCUUAUUGUGGCACAUUUUGUUCCAGCGUGGUGGAGGGUUGUUUGUGUAUUGACCCCUGGGGUCACCCAGCACUUGCUGGUCCAGCCUUAUUGUGGCACAUUUUGUUCCAGCGUGGUGGAGGGUUGUUUGUGUAUUGACCCCUGGGGUCACCCAGCACUUGCUGGUCCAGCCUUAUUGUGGCACAUUUUGUUCCAGCGUGGUGGAGGGUUGUUUGUGUAUUGACCCCUGGGGUCACCCAGCACUUGCUGGUCCAACCUUAUUGUGGCACAUUUUGUUCCAGCGUGGUGGAGGGUUGUUUGUGUAUUGACCCCUGGGGUCACCCAGCACUUGCUGGUCCAACCUUAUUGUGGCACAUUUUGUUCCAGCGUGGUGGAGGGUUGUUUGUGUAUUGACCCCUGGGGUCACCCAGCACUUGCUGGUCCAGCCUUAUUGUGGCACAUUUUGUUCCAGCGUGGUGGAGGGUUGUUUGUGUAUUGACCCCUGGGGUCACCCAGCACUUGCUGGUCCAACCUUAUUGUGGCACAUUUUGUUCCAGCGUGGUGGAGGGUUGUUUGUGUAUUGACCCCUGGGGUCACCCAGCACUUGCUGGUCCAACCUUAUUGUGGCACAUUUUGUUCCAGCGUGGUGGAGGGUUGUUUGUGUAUUGACCCCAGGGGUCACCCAGCACUUGCUGGUCCAACCUUAUUGUGGCACAUUUUGUUCCAGCGUGGUGGAGGGUUGUUUGUGUAUUGACCGCAGGGGUCACCCAGCACUUGUCUUGCUGCUCCAACCUUAUUGUGGCACAUUUUGUUCCAGCGUGGUGGAGGGUUGUUUGUGUAUUGACCCCUGGGGUCACCCAGCACUUGCUGGUCCAACCUUAUUGUGGCACAUUUUGUUCCAGCGUGGUGGAGGGUUGUUUGUGUAUUGACCCCAGGGGUCACCCAGCACUUGCUGGUCCAGCCUUAUUGUGGCACAUUUUGUUCUAUAAGAAAAUCAAAAGUUUGUUUCAAACAACACAGAUUAGUUGAAGGUUUAGUUUGAUGGUGCUAUUGGCAUUCUUGGAGCAGCAUCUUAUAAAUUACCUUAUUAUUAACACUGAAUUGUUUUUUUACAUCCAUGCUUUAAUGUUGAUACUGUUUAUUAGCUCUACUCAAAUGUUACAUUGUCCUUAAUAAAAUGUUCAUUAACCAUCAUUAAAGCUUUAACCAACAUAUUGAAGUGUCCAUCUCAAUAGAUGCCCAUUAACCUUAAUAGAUGUCCAUUAACCUUAAUAAAAUGUUCAUUAACCUUAAUAGAUAUCCAUUAACUAUCAUUAAAGCUUUAACCAAAAUAUUGAAGUGUCCAUCAAGCUUUAGCUAUGUUAAAAUAUUCAGUCAGGUCAGAUCCUAAGUUUUGUUAGACUAGACAUUUGUGCUAUCAAUUUAUUGAAAGAAAUGUACACUG